ACCAUUCCUGAUCAUAAGCCCCCAAUAACUCUCUUAAGAUUCUUCGCCUAGUCUAUACUCUCCGGGAGCCACUGGUAGUGACGAGAAAAGUUUCUGUAUCGCGAUGACUACAGGAGGAGCCCGAGUAGCGGCGACCUCGUCAAUCUUACCACCGAUCAUAGCCUACGCCGUGCCUCUCCUUCUCUUCGCCCUUGCUCUUUUCUAUCAGCUUGUUGUUCUUCCUCGCUCUUUUCCUCUUUCUCACUACGAUGUUUUGGGCGUUAAAAGGUAUAGUUCCGUUGAAGAAGUGAAAGAUGCUUACGAGAAACUGUCUUCAAAGUGGAAUUCAGGCAUCGAGGUUCCUGCUGCUGCUAAUUUCAUAGAGAUACAAUAUGCUUACGAGUUGUUGACGAAUCCCUUAUGGAAAAGGGACUAUGACAUAUUCGGCAUUGAUGAGCAAUUUCUUGUUCUUGACAAGUUGAAAGAGCUAUAUGCUGGGGAAAGCUUUUCAAGUGUUGGACUUCCCUUACUAGAAGCUACACAUUUUGAUCCUGGAGAUCACGCUCACACUAUCAUUACAUCUGAGGAGUUUGGGUCUAUGUUUAGUAAUUCUAAGACAUGGCUUGUUCAGAUAUAUUCAAAAGGGAGCAGCCGCUGUGCUCAAUUCUUUAAUUAUUGGAAAGAGAUCACUUCUUUAUUGGAAGGGGUUGCAAACACUGGUAUGGUAGAACUUGGUGAUGCUCAACUUGCGACAUUCCUUGCUGAGCGAAAACCAACAGGACAUUUCUUCUUUAGGAAUGGACUUCCUUCACUUGUUGCUUUUCCAUCGGGGUGUAAAACUUCAGAUUGCCUUAUUAGGUAUGAGGGAGAUCUCUCCAUUGAUGCUGUUACUGAUUGGUUUGCAACUGUCAUACUUGGUUUACCUCGCAUUUUGUAUCAUUCCAAAGAGUCGCUGGGAAAGAAUUUCCUGGCGAAGUGUGGUCCACACAAGGUAAAAGUCAUUUUCUUCUCAAAAACAGGAGUGCGUGCAACUCCAUUUGUACGUCAAACUGCAAAAGGUUAUUGGGCUUAUGCCUGCUUUGCAUUUGUGCUUUGGCGAGGGGAGGAUUUCUCCUUUUGGUGGAAUACGUUUGAGGUGGAAUCUGCUCCUGCUAUUGUGUUCUUGAAAGAUCCAGGCGUUAAACCUGUCAUCUUCCAUGGAUCAUUCAACACUUCCUGGUUUGCAGAUGUCAUGGAAAAAAAUAAACAGCAAGAACUUCCACAGUUAAGAAGUGUGAAUUCAAUGGAGCUAGGUUGUGAUGCCCGAGGCUAUUCUCGUGCUGGAGUUGAUACCAUGUCAUGGUAUUGUGUUCUUGUAGCAGGAAGGCUGGGCCCAGAACUCAACAGGAUGCGUGAAACCGUACGCAAGGUACAAGAAAUAUUAUCAAAUGAUGUAGAGUUGAAUGAUGUUGAUAAAGAUCAAUUCAUAUCAUUGGCAACUGAACUGAAAAAGAAAAGGCUGACAUUUGCUUGGCUUGAUGGAGAAGCCCAACAAAAAUAUUGCUUCUUCUAUCUCCAUUCAGAAACCAGCUAUGAUACCUGUGGACCAAGGAGGGAUCUGACUGAUGUACCUAGGUUAUUUAUUGUACGUUACAAAAGGAAUGCUACUCAAGAUAAUGUCAGGGUUAAGAAAAAUGUAUUUGAAACCGAGGAAGCAGAUCCUGCAUCACAGCUUGUUGCAAGGUACAAUGGUUCCAACGAAAUAGCACAGAUCAUUCAGUGGAUCUCGGGAACAAUUAGGGAUGGCGAGACUAGGGACCUCCCAUUCUUUAAAAUAAAAACUCCUGAUCUUGUUCCUGAAGAUACAGAUCCUUUCUGGUCAAAAGGAGCACAAACCAUUCUAUCCAGAAGUGUGGGAAUCAAGCACAUCAUCCGCAGAGUCAUAAGCAAAACGUUCGAUCACAUGGGAGAUCCAAGGAUUGGUCCAAUAUUACUUUUGGGAGCUUUAAUGGCUUUUGGUACUAUAUGGCUGAUGAGAAAUCAACCAACUCGUCAGAGUAAGUCGAGCCAACCAAGACAAUCAAAUGUGAAGGAUGAAAUUAUGCGAAAACGUAGAGAGAGAAGAAGAAAUGCCUCCAGUAAGGAUAUACCUCCCUCCAUAACAGAUGUGGAACCAAAAAAUGCUUACCAGAUGCCGAUGUCAGAUUCUGAUUCUGAUUAGUAAGUGCUGGAUUGGUUUUGGGUAGUUCUGAAGCUGUUAGUGACAUCAAAUGGCAGCUACAGAAGCUGAAAGUUUGAUUUUGUUAACCACACAGCUAGGUUGAAUAGUUUCAAUAGUUAUACUAGGCAUCAAAGUCUUUUAGAGCCUGACUGGGGGAGGAGGAUUGAUUAUACCUCUCUGCUUUUAUCAUGUAUUUAUGAUGGAAAGGAACGAUCCUAAUGCCCAAAAAAAAUAAUUUAAUUUUUCACUUUAACUGACUGAACCUUUGGGCUUGACCCACAUUCUAAGUGGGAUUAUGAAGUUUGGACCUUUCUUCUGCGA